AUGGACAUUGAAGGAAAUGCAAUAGAUGGACUCCAAGGGCCCACAGCUUUACCUAGCAAAAGGUUGUUGCUAUCAAUCCUAGAUAAGCUGCAAAAGAAGGAUACCUAUGGCACCUUUGCGGAUCCUGUUGAUACAGAAAAGAUCUCAAAAUACCAUGUUACUAUCAAGCAUCCAAUGAAUUUUGAGACUAUCCGGAAGAAGCUUGACGGGGGAGAGUAUGCAAACUUGGAGCAAUUUGAGGCGGAUGUGCUGUUAGUAAUCUCAAAUGCUAUGUGCUACAAUGAACCUGCAGAUACAGUGUACUACCGCCAGGCCCAAGCUUUUGAAGAGCUCGCUAAAAGGAACUUCAAGGAUCUUAGAGAACAUGGUGAUGUCGUUGAAUCCGAAUCAGAAGUGGAACCAAUAUCAAAGCCACGCAGGGGCAGGCCACCAAAGAAGAACACUGUCAAACCAGAAGCUGCUGCUCAGGCUUCUACGGAGGCACCACCUGGUAGUGCUGGAAAUGGUCGACGAUUACCGAGCUUAAGACCCAACCAUGGAUGGAAAGGAAACAAGCACAAGUCAAGUAAUGCAGAUGCACCAAGAGCUUCUUGUCGACACGAGAGAGGUGAGGCGUACUCAGCUCAAACGAGUGAUGGAUUAGCAAAAACCAAGGCAUGGCCACAUGUGAAAGAUGGAAGUAGGAGGAGCACAUACUAUCAAGAACAACCAUCUGUUCCUACACCCCAGCCGCCACUGCCAGCUUGGAACUGUGGAACAAGCAACCACCUGGUUGCACUCCAUCAGCAGGGGCACUCCUACGCCCACAGCCUCGCUCGUUUCGCUAAAGACCUUGGUCCAAUCGUUUGGGACAUGGCGGUGAGCCGGAUCGAGCAGGUGCUCCCUCCGGGGACCAACUUUGGCCGUGGUUGGGUUGAAGAUGUUGGCUCGCCGGCGUCCAUCGUGUUGCCAACGCUCAACAUGGCUACUUCUGUUGCCCCAAGGCACCCGUCACAGCCCCAGCCACCACCAGCAGCGAGUGCUUCUACUUCUGCUUCUGCAGGCGCCAUGCUGCAGCAGUUCAACGACUCGCCUGCAGCAUUAGGGUCCUGGCUUGGACCAUCACCGCAGGCUUCAGUAGAUAGUGUCAACGGUUUCAAUGUUGCUCAACUGCAGAGGUUUCUUGGAUCAUCCGCGCCUAAUUUGCCCGGCUUUUAUUAG